AUGGGUGAGCCCCAGGGGUCCAUGCGGAUCCUAGUGACUGGGGGCUCUGGGCUGGUGGGCAGAGCCAUCCGGAAGGUGGUAGCAGACGGGGCCAGGCUGCCCGGAGAGGACUGGGUGUUUGUUUCUUCCAAGGAUGCUGAUCUUACGGAUGCUGCACAGACCCGAGCGCUGUUUGAAAAAGUCCGGCCCACACAUGUCAUCCAUCUUGCUGCAAUGGUGGGGGGCCUGUUCCGGAAUAUCAAAUACAAUUUGGACUUCUGGCCCCAACGCGUGGCAGGACUCUCAGCCGGCGCCUGA